AUGGAGUCUUCGCGGCAACAGGCUUUUCAGCGGCUGCGUCCACCUUGCGUCGAACUGAGCUCCGUUGCUCUAAAACUCAAGGCUAAUCAGACAUCUGCCAAGGCUGUGCUUCUCGCUCUGGAACAGGUACACAGUGUUCUGACCUCGCUGGCAGACGAGGAUCUUCUCGAUGAGAAAUUGGCUGAAUACGCCUUCUUUCCACUGACUCACAUUUUCAAUCAAUCCGCCCGAAUAUCAUCCAGAGGCCUUGAGCUAGCUGUCGGAUGCGUGCAAAUCCUUGUAUCAAAAGGAUGGCGAGAAAAACUUCUGCCCGAGAUGGCCAAGCAGCUGCUCAUCCUCAUGGGGCUGCUGGUUUCUCGAGGGCCCAACCAACAGAAUCAACCUCCCACGGACGAGCUGAAAGUUGCGUCCUACGAAUGCAUGGCCGUCCUCAUCCGCCAAAGUGCUUCGCUGGCAUCACCGGUCCUGGAGGACGUUGGCAGCAAGAGCAUUGUAGACCAACUUGUCUAUCAGCUACUUGAAGCGGUAGCAGACGCGUCAUCGGAAGACGUCCAGAUCAGUGCAACCCAUGCUCUUCUUGAACUUCAGCGUGCUGUCAAGAGUCGAACACUACUAGCCAGUCUGCUUCCCCGUACUGUCUCUACAUUGGUCAAGGUCCUUCGACCCAGUACUCAGGCCCGUCGAACGAGAAAGGUCCUUGUCGCCUACUUGGACCUGCUUACUGAGGCUUUAAGAAACGUACUUGCUGACACCGUCGCACCGGACAAAUCUGGGACGAAGGUUCAGACCAUGUCUUCCAAAUCACGCGGCGCCGAUGAUGAAGUUAUAUUGGACAAAUCCUGGUUCGAUGCAACGGCAUCUCAGAUCGACCUGGCUCUAAUCCAGGUCGUCAAGCUGAGGACUCACAACAGCCCUGAUGUUGCUGAGGCUCUCCUCAACCUCUGCCUCACGGUUAUCGAUGACUGUUCGCAGACUCUCGCUCAGUCUGUACCUCUGAUGGUAGAGACCCUUGCAGUCUUGUGCCAAUCGUCCCAUGGGUCGAAAGCAAACUCCGCUCUCAAAUACUUGAUGACCUCGAGGCCGGAGAUAACCGAGAUCGUAGAAGCCAAAUUCUAUGACUGGUCCCAAGCACUUCCCCGAGUGAUGCAAGGUAAUGACGAUAGACCGAAGCAGCAGUUGCUCAAGCAGGUAACGACAUCAUUUAUCGCAUUGACAGACAGUUCAAAUGCUUCCAAUGAGGAGGUGUCGAAAUUUGCCUCGAUUUUAAUUGAUACUGUCGCAGCAGCCAUUGAAUCGGGCUCGAAAAAGUCCAAGCUGGUCAGCGAAGCACCCCAGAUUUCCCCCGGAGAGCUGGUUCAGCAGUCCAGACGCUCGGAGCAUGAGUUUAUGCCGGUUAUACUGAGCCAUCAGAGCCAGCAAUCGUCCACGAAAGAGCUCCAAAGUCUGAUUGCCACACUCAAGACACACCCUUUCAGUCAAAAUAUUACACGCAAUCUUGUUGAUCGUCUGCAUGAUCCUGAUAUCAGCAGGAAAAUAUCGGCUGCAUGGCUCGCUCUCCAGUUCUUGAAAUCUGACAGUAGCAUGUCAUUUGACGUGAUGGAGCUGGUGGACGACAAUGCUUCCACAUCGGAUAUCUCACUUUCCCGUCCCUUUCUCAUAAGCGAUCUUUAUUCAAAUAUUCUUCCGUUCCUGACAGAAUAUCCUGACCUCGAAGGCGAAGGGUUUUCAGACCAGCGGCUGAUUGCACUGUCCCUUGAAAGUUUAGUACUUCAGGCUUCUCAGCUCAGUCAAUCAUACCGUCCUGAACUAGUGGAGACAUUGUUUCCACUGCUGACGCUUCUUGGUUCCAGUGAUGCCUUGCUCCAGCAGCACGCAAUGACGGCCCUGAAUCUAUUGGCUGCAGCAUGUAAAUAUGAUUCCGCCUCUCAUAUGCUGAUUGAGAAUGUGGACUAUCUAAUCAAUGCUGUUGCGUUGCGGCUCGACGCCUUUGAUGUGUCGCCAACAAGCCUGCAGGUCAUCGGGAUGAUGAUUCGUCUUUGUGGUGGCAGGCUCCUCCUGCACCUUGAUGACCUUAUCGGGAGCGUCUUUAGCGCCCUGGACACCUUCCAUGGAUAUCCAAAUCUGGUCGAACAACUAUUCGACGUUCUCAAAAUGGUAGUGACGGAAAGUUCCAAGAAACCUGCCAUUCUUGCUAUUCAGUCCGGGAAAGCAGCUGGAAGCCACCGAAACGUGCCGAACCAUGUAUCUCGACUGCAAGAUAUCCUCGACGACUUGAAAAGCAGGAAACGAAGACAGCGCCAGACUGACGAGGAGCAUGAAGAGAUUGCUGGUGCUCCCCACCGGCCGUGGACAGCUGCCGAAGACAGCGAACAGAAUGAGGAUCAAAGAAGCAUUUCUGACGUGGACGGAGACGGGGAGGAUAAUCAGCCUCUUGACCAAGUGGCGGAUCGGCAGGAGCCCAAAAUAUCCAAGUCCCAUCAGCUUCUGCUCAACAUUGCACAGUCCACGGCCCCACACCUGUCCUCCCCUUCACCGAAAGUGCGCACUACCUUGUUGGAGCUGCUGCAAGAGAUAUGUCCACUGCUUGUGGGACAUGAGAAUACCUUUUUACCCCUGGUGAAUUCCGUCUGGCCGGCAGUGGUGGCUAGGCUUCUGUCCGGGAAUGAUCCACCUGGGACGAAUGCGCCGUACGUUGUUAGGGCCGCCGCCCUCACGGUAGCAGAAAUCUGCCGUGCCGCAGGCGAUUUCGUAUCCAGCCGUAUCGAGGCGCUCUUCGAUGAGCUUGAGAUCCUAUUCGAGAAAACAUAUUCGACCGUCUUCAGGUCAGCAAAGUCGCAGAAAUCGGGCGCGAUGUCGAACAUGAAACAAUCAGAAUUGGUUAUCUCUCCUAGCAGCUCAAUGCAGUUGAAAAACAAGUCUAGUUCGUCCCCCGAUCAGUCUUCUCUGGCUUCGUACGGCGGCACUGCCAGAUCGUCAGAUGGACAACUUCUGGAUGCACUUGUCACGUUGUUGAUCACAAUUCUUCAGCAUGUUCGAAUCUCUGAAGACAGCGUGGAUAGAGUCUUCAUGCUUCUUACCCCACUUAUGCACUCGGAGCGAGUACGGCAGGCUUUACGGAGUUAUAAUGAGGAUGCUGUAUGGCUCAUCGAAGACUAUCAGACUUCGGGUCCGAAUCAGCUGAGACUCCCCGUUUCCUGA